AUGGUGGACUAUGCAUUAGAAGCUGUGCGAAAGGGUACCUGUGCUGUUGGCUUGCGUGGAAAGAACGUUGCCGUGUUGGGCGUUGAGAAAAAGAGCCUUCAGCAGCUGCAGGACUCCCGGACUGUGCGAAAGACGGCGAUGCUAGAUGAUCACAUCUGCUUGGCAUUUGCAGGCUUGAACGCCGAUGCGCGCAUUCUCAUUGACAAAGCACGGGUGGAGUGCCAGUCGCACCGUCUUACGCUGGAUGAUCCUGUGAGUGUGGAUUUCAUUACACGCUAUAUUGCCGGCGUCCAGCAAAAAUACACACAAUCCGGCGGCAUGCGGCCAUUUGGUAUUUCUACGUUGAUCAUUGGUUUCGAUCAAAACCAGAGCGUGCCGCGCUUGUAUCUUACGGAGCCAUCCGGCAUGUACUCUUCGUGGAAGGCCAAUGCUGUGGGCCGCUCAUCCAAGACUGUGCUCGAGUUCCUUGAGAAGAACUACAAGGAGGAUAUGACGGAAGAAGAGACAGUCAAGCUUACCGUAAAGAGCCUGCUUGAAGUGGUUCAAACAGGUGCCAAGAAUGUGGAAAUUGCCGUCAUGUCUGGCCACGGCAAGCUUCGGAAUCUUGAGCAGCAAGAGAUCGAAGCGGUGGUCAAAGUCAUUGAGACCGAGCAGGAAGCCGAGGCCGAUCGUCGCCGUACACUCCGUGCUGCCACGGCGAACGCGGCAGAGUCGAUCAAUCAGUAG